AUAAAUCAAAUGAAAUAAUUAUGAUUAUGAUUAAUAUUAAUUAUUUGAUAAGAUAGAAUUUAUAAUUGAUCAUAAUAUAUACGUUCAUUGAACUUGAUAUCUUGUUAAAUUUUUCCACAAAUCCGAUAAGAUUUGAUAUUAAAUAUUAUAUCAAAACAAAACAAGUUUAUACAAUCUAACAUCAGAGAGAUAUAUCCCCUCUUUCUUUAUGAACAAAGAUCAAGUCUUAGUACUAAUCAAUAGCUAACUGAACUUCAAACAUGAAGAUCUUACUAACUAUUUACUUGGUUGUAUAUGUUUCUUUAACACAGUAUGAAGAAAUUUUUGCUUUUAAUAAGAGCAUUCCUUUGGUAGUUAUUACUUGGGAUUAUGAAAAUGCUACACAAAGAGCUUGGAAUGUUUUAAAUAAUGAAGAGAGAAGUGCUCUGGAUGCUAUAGAAGAAAGUUGCAGUUUUUGUGAAGAUCAGAGAUGCAGAAAAACUGUAGGAUAUGGGGGUAGUCCAGAUGAAUCUGGAGAAACAACUUUAGAUGCUCUUAUUAUGGAUGGAGUAACAAUGGAUGUAGGUGGUGUAGGUUUGUUAAGAAAUGUUAAGAAUGCGAUUUCAGUUGCCCGUAAGGUUUUACAUAAUACUAAACAUUCUUUAAUUGGUGGAGAACUAGCCACAAAAUUUGCUAUAGAAAUGGGAUUUAAAAAAGAAUCUUUACAAACAGAAGAAUCAAAGAAAAUGUGGUUAGACUGGAAAGCAAAUAAAUGCCAGCCUAAUUUUUGGAAGAAUGUAAAUCCGGAUCCAACAAAGACUUGUGGACCAUAUCGUUCAAAAGACUUUAUGGACAACAAUUUGGAGGAACAUUUAUCAUAUAUGACUGAAGAAAACCACGAUACGAUCGGAGUUAUAGCUAUAGAUUCAAAUGGGCAUAUAGCAGCUGGUACAUCAACAAAUGGUGCCAGAAAUAAAAUCCCUGGUCGCAUUGGGGAUUCCCCAAUAGCAGGUGCAGGUGCAUAUGCUGAUCAAGAUGUUGGUGCGGCAGCUGGAACCGGCGAAGGAGAUAUCAUGAUGCGAUUUUUACCAAGUUUUUUAGCUGUAGAGGAAAUGCGCCGUGAUGCUACUCCUACUGCAGCUGCAACCACAGCAAUUAAUAGAAUCGCUAAACAUUAUCCUACAUUCACUGGUGCAGUAAUUGCAUUAAAUAAACAUGGAGAAUAUGGAGCUGCAUGCAAUGGAAUUACCCGUUUUGCAUAUUAUGUGGCCAAUCCUGAAUUAGGAAAACCAACGAUACAUUAUGCUACUUGUAUAGAUGCUAAAUAUCAAGUUUUUAAUGCUAAAAACAUUUAAUGAUUUUUUUGUAAUUUUUUUGAUUUCUGAUGUUUAUUAAGAGAAAUUGAUAAUAUUUUUUGGUACAAAUUAUUUUUGAUUACAAUAAAAGUUGAAAGUAUGCAAAA